AUGACCAAUUUCACAAACCAUGAAAAUGCCCAUGAUUUCGUUUGGCGAGUGAAAAAUGAGAGUAUAACUACAAACAUGACGAAUUCGGGAAUAUCCAAUGAACAUGUCCAUAGUUAUGCUUCGCAAGUGAACAAUGCUCUAAGAAGUAUUAACGAAGCUACAGAAGAUAUGGGAGCAAUAACAUCAUCACGUGUGCAUGGUUUUGCUUCGGGAGUGGACAAUGCCUUAAGGAGUAUCAACAGCGAAGCUAAAGAAGAUUUCGGAAACAUAACAUCACGUGUUCACGGUUAUGCUUCGCCAGUGGAUAACCAUAUCAAGAACAACACAAUUGGUACUAUAUCAUCAUCACAAGUGAAAUCAAAUGCACCAAAACGCAUUUCCCGUGAUGUUGAAGGUUUUAGAUUAUUUUCCCUGGCUGAGCUUGAAGAUGCCACCAACAACUUCUCGGUGGAAAACAAGCUUGGUGGUGAUUUGUACAGAGGCAGACUUGGUGAUGGUCGUGACGUGGUAAUCAAGAGGAAGAGGUUCCACAUACCCGCAUCUGAAUUGGCAUUCUUGUCCCGUAUACACCACAAACACUUGGUUAGGUUUGUUGGGUUCUGUGAAGUGAGAGAUGAAGAAGAGUUCUUGGUAUAUGAGUACAUGAAGAACGGAUCAGUGCAAGAUCAUUUGCAUGGCAAGAACAACGUGGACAAGAGUAGCACCUUCUUGAAUUCAUCAUGGAAAAUGAGGAUCAAAGUUGCUUUGGAAGCUGCACGAGGUAUAGAAUAUCUUCAUGAUUGUGCAGAUCCAUCUAUAAUUCACGGUGACAUCAACUCUUCUAACAUUCUUCUUGAUGAGACUUGGACUACAAGAGUAUCUGAUUAUGGGUUAUCAUUAACGAGUCCAGAAUCUGAGGAUGAAGAAGGAACCGUUGGAUACACUGACCCUGAUUAUGAUAAUGUAAAUGAGUUGAAAGAAAAGAGUGGUGAUGCAUAUGGACUUGGAGUUGUACUGCUAGAGCUUCUAACAGGAAGGAGAAAUAUAAUUGAAGGAGUUACCCUACUAAGUGUUAUAGAUAUUCAAGAUUUUACAAAAGGAGAGAGAGACGUAGAUGAAGUGGGUUUCUUGGUAGACUUUGCAGUGCCUCAUAUUAAGGGUAGAACAUUGGAAAAAGUUUUGGACCCAAGGGUUGAACCACCGGUGAAGGAAAGUGAAGUAAAGGCAUUGUAUUCAAUGUCCCACAUCGCUAUGCGUUGUGCAGAACGGAAAUGGGAAGAUAGACCAGUCAUUGCUGACAUUGUGACCAAUUUGAAGGAGGCGUUCGAUAUUUACUGA